AUGAACUUCUUCAGAGGAGUGAUGGGCGGCCAGGCAGCCGGGCCGCAGCCGACUGGAGCGGAAACGAUCCAGAAAUUGUGCGACAGGGUUGCCUCGUCAACUCUCCUGGAAGAUCGGAGGGAUGCAGUCCGUGCUCUUAAAUCCCUUUCUAAGAAAUAUCGGAUGGAGGUUGCCACGCAAGCGAUGGAUCACUUGAUAAACAUCCUGCAGACUGACAGGUCUGACUCUGAAAUUCUCGGAUAUGCAUUGGACACGCUGUACAACAUCAUCUGCAACGAGGAGGAGGAAGAGCAAGACGAAUCAGAAGAUGAGACUGCACAGAAGCAGGUAGAUGACCUGGGUGCUAAAUUCACAGAGGCUUUUAUCCAGGACCCCGAACACAUCACGUUGCUUCUCACUAUGCUGGAGGAGUUUGACUUCCACGUACGUUGGCCCGCUGUGAAGCUGCUGACGGCCCUGCUGAGGAACCAAUGCGUCCAGCUCCAGAGCAUCAUCUUGGUUAGCCCCAUGGGCGUCUCGAGAUUGAUGGACCUGUUGGCCGAUUCCAGAGAAGUCAUACGCAACGACGGCUUGCUGUUGCUUCAGCAGUUGACUAAAGGCAACGCAGCCAUCCAGAAGAUUGUUGCCUUUGAGAACGCUUUUGAGCGUCUCCUGGAUAUCAUCACAGAAGAGGGUAGCAGCGAUGGCGGCAUUGUGGUGGAAGACUGCCUGCUACUAUUGCGCAACCUUCUGAAGAACAACAGCUCCAACCAGAACUUUUUCAAGGAGGGUUCCUUCAUCCAGCGCAUGAAGCCAUGGUUCGAAGUCGGCGACGACAACUCGGGAUGGUCGGCGCAGAAGGUCACGAACCUCCAUCUAAUGCUGCAGCUGGUGCGAGUUAUGGUGUCCCCGGUGAACUCGCCGGGAGCGACGGCCAGUUGUCAAAAGUCCAUGUACCAGUGUGGACUGCUGCAGCAGCUAUGCACAAUCCUCAUGGCCACCGGCGUGCCAGCGGACAUCCUCACUGAGACCAUCAACACUGUGUCUGAAGUCAUCAGAGGCUCGCAGGUUAACCAGGAUUACUUUGCCUCAGUCAACGCACCAUCGAACCCACCCAGACCCGCCAUCGUGGUUUUGCUCAUGUCCAUGGUCAACGAGAGGCAACCCUUCGUGCUACGCUGUGCCGUGCUCUACUGCUUCCAGUGUUUUCUGUACAAGAACGAAAAAGGGCAAGGGGAGAUCGUCGCCACGCUGUUGCCCUCCACCAUCGACGCCAAUUCCAUUUCGGCCGGCCAGCUGCUGUGCGGCGGCCUCUUCUCGACGGACUCCUUGUCCAAUUGGUGUGCGGCGGUGGCACUGGCGCAUGCCUUGCAGGACAACUUCACCCAGAAGGAGCAGUUGUUGCGGGUCCAGCUGGCCACCAGCCUUGGGAAACCUCCGGUGUCCUUGCUGCAGCAGUGCACCAACAUCCUCUCCCAGGGUGAUAAGAUCAACCGGCGGGGCAGUAAAGUGCAAACCAGAGUGGGUCUCCUCAUGCUGCUGUGCACGUGGAUCAACAACUGUCCAAUCGCAGUCACACACUUUCUACACAAUCAAGAAAAUGUCCCUUUUCUGACGGCGCAAAUCUCCGAGAACCUGGGCGAGGAUGAACGUCUGGUGCAGGGCCUGUGCGCGCUGCUGCUGGGUAUCUGCAUUUACUACAACGACAACUCGCUGGAAAACUACACCAAAGAGAAGUUAAAGCAACUGAUCGAGAAGCGCAUCGGCAAGGAGAACUUUGUGGAAAAGCUGGGCUUCGUCACCAAACACGAGCUGUACUCACGCGCCGCACAGAAGCCCCAGCCAGUUUUCCCAGCUCCGGACCAGAUGCUCUUUGACCACGAGUUUACCAAGCUGGUCAAAGAACUGGAGGGUGUGAUAACUAAGGCGGUGCAUAAGUCCAGUGAGGACGAGAAGAAGGAAGAGGAGGUGAAGAAGUCGCUGGAGCAGCACGACAAUAUCGUCACGCAGUAUAAAGAGCUGAUAAGGGAGCAGGAUGCAAAGAUACAAGAACUAAAGGAGCAGGUGUCCUCCAUGACGGCCGAGGCCGAACAGAUGCAGAGCACUAUGGCCCAGCAGCUUAGCCAGAUCCAGCAGCACAAGGACCAGUACAACCUCCUCAAACUCAAGCUGGGCAAAGAAAAUCCGAUUCAGGCCAACAACACAUUAGGAGACGGCACCCACGUCAACGGCGUGCAGUCCGAAGAGGUGUCGCAACUUCGGGAGGAGAUGGAGGAGCUGCGGGGUCAACACGCUCUACUCCAGAUGCAGCUGGCUGAAAAAGACACAGUCAUUAACUCCUUGCGGUCGGACGGGUCUCAGCCAAGUGAGGUCGCAGCGGGCAGCUCGGAACUCCUCAAGGAGUUGGAGCUUCUCAGGAUUCAAGUGCAGUCACAGACAGCUGAGAUCAACCAGCUGAAGAUGGAUAAUGAGGAUCUACUUAGAAGAACUCAAACAGAGUCUUUAGGCACCGCCCCCAACGGGGACAGCUCAGCGGACGCCGCCAAAACGGCCGAACUGGAGAGCAGACUAGCGGCUCAGACGUCUGAAACGGAGCGACUGAAAGAGGAAGUCCGGAGCCUGACAGAGAGCCGGGCGCAACUGGAGCAGCAGGCGGCUUCUGCCACUAGCUCAGCGGCCAUCCUGCAGACAGAGACGGCCAAGCUUGAAGCGGACCUGCAAGAAUCCAAAAAGGAGCAGGACGAUCUGCUGAUGCUGCUGGCCGACCAGGACCAGAAGAUCCAAAACCUCAGGCAGAAACUCAAAGGCCUCGGAGAGACGGUGGACGACGAGGAUGAGUUGGACUCUCGGGACCAGACGGAUGAAGACGACGAAGACGAGGAUUAG